CUGGCACUGUACUUCUGGUGCUGAGCGUCCAAAAUGGCGCCGGUCGCACGGUGUCCGUGCCUGUGAAACUGUGAAAAGUUCAAAAUACGCGUACACGCCUCAGUUUUAACCUCAACCGCAGACUCGUGUGCAACUGCUCGGCUGCGACCAGCGAUUUAGACACCCACCAUGGCUGCCAACAUGUACCGCGUCGGAGACUAUGUCUUCUUCGAAACAUCAUCCACUGCUCCAUUUCAAAUCAGGAGGAUCGAGGAGCUCGUUAAGACUGCCAACGGGAAUGUGGAGGCCAAGGUGAUGUGCUAUUACCGCCGGCGGGACCUGUCGCUCGAGAAGCCAUUAGUCGGUGCCCUCGAGGAAGAGCAGGAGCGCGAGGCUGAGCAGCUGACCGAGAAGGAGCGACACCAGCUGCGGCACCGUGAGCUGUUUCUGUCGCGCCAGGUGGAGACGCUGCCAGCCACCCACAUCCGGGGCAAGUGCUCCGUCACCCUGCUCAACGAGACGGAGUCGCUGCUGUCGUACCUCAACAAGGAGGAUGCCUUCUUCUACUCGCUUGUCUAUGACCCCCAGCAGAAGAGCCUGCUGGCCGACCGAGGUGAGAUUCGCGUGGGCCAGCGUUACCAGGCGGAGGUGCCUCCCUGGACGGGGCCACCCGCCGAAUCGGGUGAGGGGGCUGACGACAGGGACAGCGCCCUGCUGGAGACCCUGGUGUACAUCCCGUCGCACGGUCUGUCGGACCGGCAGCUGGACCAGUUCCUCAUCGUGUGCCGGUCGGUGGGCACGUUUGCACGGGCCCUCGACUGUUCGAGCUCCGUGAAGCAGCCCAGCCUCCACAUGAGUGCGGCGGCGGCUUCGCGGGACGUGACGCUGCUGCACGCCAUGGAGCUGCUGCAUCGCACGGGCUAUGACCUGGCGCGGGCGGUGGCGGCCCUGGUGCCCCCCGGCGGGCCCGUGCUCUGCCGCGACGAGAUGGAGGAAUGGUCAGCCUCAGAGGCCAAUCUCUUCGAGGAGGCCCUGGAGAAGUACGGCAAGGACUUUGCAGACAUCCGCCAGGACUUUCUGCCCUGGAAGAGCCUCAAGAACAUUGUCGAAUACUACUACAUGUGGAAGACCACCGACCGAUACGUGCAGCAGAAGCGAGUCAAGGCAGUCGAAGCCGAAAGCAAGCUCAAACAGGUCUACAUCCCCAACUACAACAACAAAGCGACGGGUGUCCUUGGUGGACCCGAAGGAGCCACAGCCGGGGGCCGGCCCUGCGAGAGCUGCUACACCAUGAACUCAGCCCAGUGGUAUGCGUGGGGUCCUGCGCACAUGCAGUGCCGUCUGUGCCAGUCCUGCUGGACCUACUGGAAGAAGUUUGGUGGCCUCAAGUAUCCAACCCGACUGGAGUCUGCGGACGUGCUCGGCUCAGAACGGCUGCCUGCGGGCAUGGCGUCGCAUCGGCCACAUCGGUGCACCGUAACCGGUUGUGGAAAGGAAUUCAAGUUGAAGGCCCACCUGGCACGCCACUGUGCCACAGCCCACGGCCUAGCACUGCGUGCCGGCAGCCCGCGGCCCGUGGUCAAGACGCGUGCUGCCUUCUACUUGUGCACCACAGCACUGACGCGCAUGGCGCGACGGCUGGCAGGCCCCGCAGCACUGCGACCCCGACACGCAGCACGCAAUCCGUUCUUGCCGGUCAAUUCAGCAGCAAUCCGACUCGAGGUGCAGGGCAAGCUGGACCCGGCAGUGCUGGCGGCCACACCGUCCGCGGCAGCCGCCGCAGCUGCCGCCCUCGCCGCUGCCCGCCGCCGCCCUCGCGAACGCGGUGCCGUGGUCGACGUGUCGCACCGGCUGGGCACGCCCAACCUGCCGCGGCCUGAGUGGCUGCACCCAACGCCACGCGAGCAGAUCCCAACGCCCACACGGCACGCGUUCCCACCCCCGGCCGAGCGGCCCCCUCCACUGUUGCUUCACCACCAGCCGCCACAGCAGCAGCGCAAGCGAACUGCCCCAGAGCCCCUGAACGGUCCGCCGGGUGGACCCCGGCGUCGACUGGGACCACCCCCUCCCGCCGUGCCCCUGAACGGGGGCCGACCCAAGGUGGCCACCAUAACACGGCUGGGGGGUGGCCGCAAGCACCUCAUUUCGUGGGUGGAUGCGCCCGACGACCUGUACUUUGUCGCCACCGAAGCCACCAGGCGUCUUCGACGGCAGCUGAGUACGGCCGAGCUUCGGCGCUGGGCCCGGCGGCCUUGCCGUAGCCGGGCACCGCCCGACCAGAUCGUCAUCUUGGACUGAGCUAGCGCAGGCCGCACGGAUGCCUUUCUUCGGGGCAGCCAAAAGCCUGGCGGAACGGCGCCCACUCGCGAAGCGCCAGGUUCACCCUGCGCCGAAAACACAACUUGGUGGUGGAGGCAGAAGAAGA